AUGGACUCAUCAAGUGCUCACUCGUCAGACCAAGAAUCCAUCAAGUCGGAUGCUUUCUCUGCUGGCACAAAACUACAAGUCAGGAAAAUUGCUGGAGACCAUUGCUGGGCAUGUGGUAGCGAGCCGGCUCAAAUUUGCCAUGUUGUUGCAAAGGAAGACCCACAGGCUCGCCUCUGGGCUGAGUUAGGCCUGAUAAACUUCUCGCUCGUCUCGGCAAUGAACGCAAUCCCUCUGUGUCCCACUUGCCAUUCUCAGUUCGACCUAGCUAUCGACCCAGGGUUCUUUUUUGUCCCAACAGAUCUACGGUAUUUCAUACAAUUCGAGCUCAAGGAUAGAGAACGCAGGAAAAGGGCAGCCGAAGAAGGGACCAUUCUAGAUCGAGAGACCCCUGCCGCUGAGGAGUACAAGGCACAUCAAGUAGCAAAGGGAAUAAUUCCGCCUGAUGCUAUUGGUGGUCAAUAUCUUCGAGUUUUUCUCAAGUCCUAUCUCCAUCACGAUGAACUCCCAUUCGAUGUUAUGGCAUAUUUGUCAAAGCCUAAAGAGUGGCACGGAGCUCCUUUGGCCAGUCUCCGCAGGGCCAUUCCAAUUCUAGGAAGUGGCCGUUUAAAGGCUUUGAAAAGCCAGAUGCGUCUGGAAUUACAGAAGCUGCGCGACUUAUACUUCCUUGAUGAGGAAUCUUCUCCAGGAAACAUGUCCGUUGAUUUAGGGACACGGCAAACUCAACCCAAUGAUCAGGUGAAGAAGCGACAGCUUGAUGACAUCACGGAUGAUAAAUCAGGCUCGCCAAAGAAGCAACGACAAGGGAAUGAGGAAAGGAGCAGUCGGGAUCCAGGCACAACGAGAUAUUGUCCGAUCCUCCUUAAAGAGGUUCUCUCUUACUGGACCUUAGGGCCAGACGUUACUGCAGAGGAGGCGGUUCGCCGAUACGCCCCUGUGUUUGCUCGAUCGUUGAGGAAUGAAGGCCAAGUUUGA